CAUACAAGAUGGCGCCGCCCAAAAAGAAACACGCUGGGAGUCAGCAGGCGUGUGUUAUUCCCGGAGGUUUUACAGAGUUAUCCCUACAGUUUAAUUCUGACAGCGUGUCACGGCAUAAACUGUAUGUCAAAGAGCACAGAGUGCGGGCAGAGAAGAGUUCCCACAGACCUCUGGACAGGACUUUAUUUGUCCUCAACGUUCCUUCGUAUUGCUCAGAGAAUGUUAUGAAAGACUUGUUCUCACUGUUUGGUACCAUUGAGUCAGUGGAGCUGAGAGACCACCCAGGCUCCUUUCAACACUCUGGACCCAAGCUGGCUUGGAUCUUCAAACCUGCUGAAAAAAAGGGGUUCAAAGUAGGCUACAUUGUGUUCAAAAAGCCCUCAAGUAUAACAGCAGCUAAGUCACAUCCUCAAAAUGUGCCUUUGAUGGUUUGCACAGAGGAGCGACCAGUGAAGACGGGUGUCCAGAAGUGGAUCCAACAGUACAAAAGAUCUUUUAUUCAGCCAGAAAAACUCCAGCAGUUAGUCGACUCCUUCAUGAACGACUAUGACAAGCGCAAAGAGGAGGAAGCAGAACGGCAGAAGGAGGAGGCAGAGCAGCAACAAGAGGACGGAGAGGGUUGGGUCAAAGUCACGAGAGGACACAAAGGCACCAAGGCCCGCCCCCACAGCGAGGCAGCCAACCAGAGGACGCUACAGAAAGAGAUGAGGAAGAAGAAGAGGAAGGAGCUCAUGAAUUUCUACACCUGGCAGCACAGAAACACACAGAAAGAACAUAUUGCUCAACUAAGGAAAAAGUUUGAGGAGGAUAAACAGAGAAUAGCUUUGCUGAGGGCCCAGCGAAAGUUCAGACCUUACUGAGUGAUCCACUUUUUCUCAGCUCAACAUCAGUUAUUUUGUAUGGUUCAUAUGGAUGGUACAUGUUUCCAUAUGAAAAUGAUUAAAAAUGUAACUCAUAAUUCUUACUCAUUACGAUAGCACCUUUUUUGUAUAGCAGUAAAUGUAACUAAUUG